GCUCCUGGUGCAGGAGAAGGGACUAGUUCUGGAGGAGACCCGACCCAUCCUCCGCGAAAGAAGAGGGCACGUGUUGACCCAACUGUUGAAAGUGAGGAGACCUUCAUAAAUCGAGUGGAGGUUAAAGUGAAAAUCCCUGAGGAGCUGAAACCAUGGCUUGUGGAUGACUGGGACCUCAUCACAAGGCAAAAACAGCUUUUCCACCUACCUGCCAAAAAGAACGUCGAUGCAGUCCUUGAAGAUUAUGCAAACUACAAGAAAUCAAGAGGAAACUCUGACAGCAAGGAGUUUGCUGUGAACGAGGUGGUUGCUGGUAUCCGGGAAUAUUUCAAUGUCAUGCUGGGGACACAACUUCUUUACAAAUUUGAGAGGCCGCAGUACGCAGACAUCCUGGCCAACCACCCGGAUACAUCUAUGUCUCAGAUCUACGGCGCUCCUCACCUACUCCGACUCUUUGUGAGAAUUGGCGCUAUGCUGGCAUACACUCCCCUGGAUGAGAAGAGCCUUGCACUGCUGCUCAGUUACCUACAGGAUUUUCUCAAGUAUCUUGUAAAGAACUCUGCGUCGCUCUUCAAUGCAAGCGACUAUGAAGUUGCCCCUCCAGAGUACCACCGCAAGGCAGUCUAAGGUUUUUUUUAAUUUUAGGAUCUGAAGCCUUUUGUGUGUUGAAGUGCGGAAACGACUCAUUCUUACCUGUCGAAAGGAUGUGUUUUCACAAAAAGCCUUCGGAGAACGGAUUGUGCAAGAUCUGUUGAUUUAUUGAGGAAGAAUCAGAGCAAGAUGUCACACUAAUCCCUGGACAAAUUCAUUUUUCUUUCAUGUGGAAAGCUGCUGAGUACGCUCUUCCUGUAUUGGUAUGUUUUUGAGUACCACUUAUUAGUUUCUAUGAUACUC